CCUCCCCCUGCGAUGCCUCGUCGACCUACGAGCUCCCUCGUCGACAUCUCCUCGAACUCCUCGUCCUCUGCUUCCACCGCGCCUGAGAAACUCUCGACGACAAAACCUACAAAUCCAAGUCGCAACCGCUUCAGCCAAUUGCUCCUCAGUAGCCCCAAGCCCAAGUCGGAAGCCGUCUCGACCCCUGGUGGUGGCUCACAUCCACGCAACGGUCCUGCUGCUGUGAACGGCUCCGCUCGUCUGCCCACCAUCUCCCUUUCCACCGCAAACGCGCCCAGCAUGGAUUCCUCCGCGACCACUCUCUUCCAGCCGCCCUCCCCCCACGAGGCGCACCGCAUCGCAAAGCAGCAUGCCCAGUUCGGGCCCCUCGGUCAUCCUACCCACCGCUACACCUCCCGUCACCAGGGCGGCGCCUUUCCGGACCCGAUCAUGGACGAACCCCCGUAUUUUUAUUUGCUUACCACCUAUAUCAGUUACUUAAUCCUAAUAGCGUUUGGCCAUGUCCGCGAUUUUUUCGGGAAGCGGUUCAAGGAGAAGGACUACCGCCAUCUGAAACCUCAGAACGGUUACGGCGCCCUGAACAGUGAUUUCGACAACUUCUACGUUCGUCGCCUGAAGCUUCGCAUCAACGACUGCUUCGAGCGCCCCGUCACGGGCGUUCCCGGACGAUAUAUCACCCUGAUCGACCGUGUCAGCGAUGACCAGAAUCGCCAUUUUCGCUUCACCGGCACGACCACGGACACCCUGAACAUGAGCUCGUACAACUACCUCGGGUUCGCCCAGUCUGAAGGCCCGUGCGCGGAUGCCGUUGAGCAGACCAUCCGCAAAUACGGCAUCAGCUCCGUCGGCACCAGAGUCGACGCCGGCACUCAGGAUCUCCACGUCGAAGUCGAAGACCUGGUCGCCAGAUUCGUGGGCAAGGAAGCGUCUAUGGUCUUCUCCAUGGGAUUCGGCACUAACGCCAGUAUCUUCCCGGCCCUGGUGUCCAAGGGGUGCUUGAUCAUCUCGGAUGAGCUAAACCACGCGUCUAUCCGCUACGGUGCAAGGUUGUCCGGGGCUUCUAUCGAGAUGUUCAAGCACAACGACGUCAACGCUUUGGAGAAAAAACUGCGUGAAGUGAUCUCCCAGGGCCAGCCACGCACCCACCGCCCGUGGAAGAAGAUCCUGCUGGUCGUCGAGGGGCUCUAUUCGAUGGAGGGUUCAAUGUGCAACCUUCCGGGAAUCCUUGCCUUGAAGAAAAAGUACAAGUUCAACCUGUUCAUCGAUGAAGCCCACUCCGUCGGAGCCAUUGGACCACGGGGAAGAGGAAUCUGUGACUAUUUCGGCAUUGACACAAAGGAGGUCGACAUCCUGAUGGGUACGCUUACAAAGUCGUUUGGUGCGAACGGUGGCUACAUCGCUGCGGACAAGGUCGUCAUCGACAAACUGCGCGCAUCAAACGCUGCGGUGUUCUUCGGAGAAGCACCAACGCCGCCAAUAUUGGCUCAGAUCUCUACGUCUCUAAGGAUCAUCACCGGAGAACUUGUUCCCGGCCAAGGAGAAGAGAGACUGCAGAGAUUGGCGUUCAAUUCACGGUACCUGCGCCUGGGCCUGAAGCGUCUUGGCUUCAUCGUCUAUGGAAACGAUGACUCACCGAUCAUCCCUCUUCUGCUCUUCAACCCCGCCAAGAUGCCGGCCUUUUCACACGAGAUGUUGAAGAGGAAGAUAUCGGUCGUCGUCGUCGGUUACCCCGCCACUCCCCUCGUGUCAUCUCGAGCUCGAUUUUGUGUCUCCGCCGCACAUACGAAAGACGAUCUCGACCGUUUACUGUCGGCGUGUGACGAAAUUGGAAAUGUGUUACAGCUCAAGUUCUCGAGUGGUGUCGCUGGUGGUGCCCUACCUCCUCCAGACGGAGUAAGCCCAGAGAUGGAGAAUGACUGGUAUCGUCAGCAAACCACCGCGGGCAAAAUCACUCCUCCGAGAUGGCGUUACGAAGACGUUGUUCGUCGGGGGGUCCAAGACGUCAAGCAGCCUCUAAGAUAACGGGAGGCUUCUAUUUGUCGGCUGCGUCUUCCGAAAGGAGGGUGGAUCAGUGCGGGCCGUUGUGAUACCCUCCACCGUCUUCAGAUGUGGACUGCCUCUUCUUUCGGUUAAGGGGUGUGUUACCACCCUGCUGAUGUGAGCCGUUUGAUGGCAGAGGGAA